AAUUCACUCACACCAGAACCAACCCGCCUGCAAAAUCAAAAACCAAAAUCCAUCACGUAAUCCCAAGAAAUCCCAGAGCUACGCUCUGGAUAGUACACCAGAUCGCGACGUGGCUCCAUCAGGGCCGCCCACGCUCUCCCGAAGAAAACUCCUUUCUAAAUCACCACCGUCGUCAUCGUCAUCAUCACGAGCACCGUCAAGGAUCGUACACAGAGAAUCGCGGCCCCUUCCAGUAUACCAGAAAAGGUGGUUUGUGGUUGCAGUGACGUUCUUCAUGGCUCUCCCCUUCUUCGUUCUCGCUCUGUUCGUCUUGUUCGGUCUCGGCUCCGAUCACGGCUCGGCUUCAUCGGCUCAUGCCGCUAAUUCUGAAGAAGUUCAGAUUACUUAUGGAACUGUUCUUAAGUUGAUGCAUGAGAGGACUAAGUUUCGGCUACAUUCCCAUGAUGUACCCUAUGGCUCUGGCAGCGGCCAGCAAUCUGUCACUAGCUUUCCCAAUGUUGAGGAUUCCAAUAGCUAUUGGAUUGUUAGACCUCAGCCAGGGACAUCUGCCAAACAAGGUGACACCAUUAAAAGUGGGACGAUAAUCCGGUUGCAGCACAUGAAGACCAGAAAAUGGCUGCACAGCCAUUUGCAUGCAUCCCCAAUAUCAGGCAACUUAGAGGUGAGCUGCUUUGGAUCAGAAUCUGAAUCUGAUACUGGGGACUAUUGGAGGCUCCUAAUUGAGGGGAGUGGGAAAACUUGGAAACAAGAUCAAAGGGUUCGGCUUCAACACGUGGACACUAGUGGCUACUUACAUAGUCAUGACAAGAAAUACACACGGAUAGCUGGUGGACAGCAAGAGGUAUGUGGUAUCCGAGACAAGCGGGCUGAUAACGUCUGGCUGGCAGCAGAAGGCGUCUACCUGCCGGUUACUGAAAGCAAGUAAAAGUUUAGAAGUGAUGACAAUUGGAAGCCAUACUCUAAUGUCAAAACAGGUACAUGGGUUUUGGAUUCUUUGGUGGCUGGUGCCUGCAGUUCUUGUAAUAGCUAUAGAUAAAUAUUCCUACUAAUUAAAAGAAGGAACACGCCCUGGGGUAGCCUUUGGCUCAGGGGUACCCUCUGGAAAUGUUAAUGCAUGGAUUGUAUGAAUGCCUUUUGUACUUUUUAGGAGUAACUCUCACAAUUGGCCAUCAUUGCCACCACUUUGAUGAUUCUCUCUUUCCCUGACAUUACAGAGGCAAGUAAAGUAUCUCUUAAGUA